AUGGACGUCACAUCACUUCUGAACGCAAACUCCCUUGCUGUUGAGCAGCAAAGGAAGGACGAGAAGGAUGUUGAGGAAAAGAAGCGGGAGACGCCAACGAAGGUCCCAAGUCGCAACAGGACGCCCUGGGAUGCUGGAGGUUACUCACUUCCAAUCAACACAAUAUCCAAUCCAACGACACCGCCUCACACUCAAGAGGUUCAGCGCCGUGAAUCACAGAGUACACCAACCUCUCCACGUCAUAAAUUCUCCGACAGCCGUUCUAGUCUUUCAUCUUUUACAUCCUCUCUACAAUCAGCUUCGCAUUCAAGAUUCUCGUCUCUUUCGACAGUAGGAAGUGCGUAUCCUUCAAAUGGCCUUACCGAAGCUUUCUCGUCACUCCCAGGCCAGAAACCACAAGCACUCGACCUUGGUAAUCCUUCGAAAAUGGACGGCAUCCAACCAGUCUACCCAGGGCAAGGUGGAAGCAUCUCGCCAACCGAGUCCCUCGACGCACUUGCCCUGGUGGCCGAGAAUGAGAUAGCUGGUCAACAAGCUCGACAAUCUGCCAUGGAAUCGAAAGGCGCGUCAAAGGACGAUAUAUCCUCGAACCUCGAGAAAGUCGAGUUAGGUUCAGGGCGACGGCCCAGCUCACCAAGCGAUGCGAUUCUAAUAAAACGACCGUCGGCGAUGCCGAGUCUGCGGUUGGAUACAGGAGACCGAGAUCUACAUGGCAUGGAGAGGUUACAGUCGCAUAGGCAAUUUCUCAGCGCACCCCUUGAACACCAUCACCAAUCCUUGGUUACCAAGUCACACAAACGAGCACUUUCUGCACCUAGCUUUCCAGCUUCCAUGACAGGUUUCACCAUGUCCAGUACAUCAUCUUUGGGCCCUCGGGGCGAGCCAACCCCACCGUCCUCUCUUCAUCCCGACCGACAAUCUCCCACCGCCAUCCCCAGCUAUGCUCCCCCUGCUACUCCCCCACAAAGCCACGGCGAAAUUCCUUCUUCAGACCAGAUAUUGUGCAUGUACAUCCCGAACUGUGAUACAGGUUCACAGCUCCGCAAGGCCAUCUCGCAUAUCUUUGGCCGCAACAAGAUGUGCACUCGCCUAAUCCCAGCCCGUGUUUGGGUCCAUUACUGCCGCAAGCACUACCAGCGUAGUCGCUAUCGCAAUCCCAAGGAGUACGCCAAGUUACAGUGUGAUCUUGUUCAAACACAAAUUCGACGGGUUCACGAGUGGAGUCUUGAGAAUGCUUCUCGAGGUCUUCCAGGUGUCGUCCAAGACUGGGGCCUUGCCGUACGAAAGCGGGAGCAGAAGCGUUUGGACGAGAUGAAUGGCUCUAAAAAGCGAAACAUUACUGCUUUUGAGAACAGCGAUGAUGAAGAUGGUGCAGAUGUCAAUGGUCGCGGUAGCAACAUCCUGCCUGCCACUGCUGUUCCAGACUGGCUACUCGAGCGAUGUGGAAAGGGAUACAGCACUCAGGAGAUCCUACAAAUAUUCAACCAGCUACACACUCAAAUCCUCGACGACACCAUGCCAUGCUUUCCUGACAUCGAAAUCCUCCCGAACAUUGUUGUUGACAGUGAUGAGCCAAAAUCCCCAAAAGGCUACACCAAGAGAACUGUUGUUGGGGGAGGACACAAGCGUGCUCAGUCUCUUGGAAUUGCUGCCAUGAGAUCUGAUAGUCAAUCUCAUAUCCGCCGCAUGAGUCACCCUGAUAUGUGGAGUCUCGACCACAAUAGCUCGUCGCCAGUCCAAAAGAAGCGUCGAGCAAACGGUGGCAUGAGCGAUACUGAGGAGUACUCAUUUGGUGGUUAUCCUCGAUCUCGUCUUUCUGAGCGACCACUUCAACGUGGACCUGGACAGAUGGCGCACCGCCCUACUUUCCCUGGCAUCAGCGAGAAUGGAGUUGAGGAUAGAUACACAAAUAUGAGAUAUGGCCAGGCUCCACUACCAGCCCCCACUCCUCAACGCUCUGGUGGUCAGUCAAUGGCAGCUCAUCUCGAGAUGAACAAUGUUCAUGGUGGGAGACGUCCUGUCCACCAACGAUCCCAAUCUGACAUUGGUGCCUUUUCCUAUGGCCGCGAGUACUCUCCAUCCAUCUCCUCGGCAUAUGGCUCCCAAUCAGGUCACUAUAGCCAUGCAAGCUACGAUCAGGGUUACUUGUCCCGUCAUUCAGAUAUUAACCAGGACAGUCGGUUUGCUAUGCCUCAACAAUUCUCCCGUCGCCCAGAGGAUGGUCGACACAAUGAGAUGCCUCAAGCUUUCUCUCAUGUUCCGACGCAUGGUAGACAUCAGAGCAUGUCCAUGAUCCCAUCAACAUCGAUGUACCAACCCUCGACGUACUAUCCUCAACAACCCGGCACUCAAUACCAGAGCAUCCCAGCUUCCCUGCCACGCACACGUAUCGUUGAGACCCAAGAGGCUCACGAUGUCUUCACAAGCAGACGCUAA